AUCAUCAAUUCAAUUCUCACUCAAAAAUCAAGUUCUCUCCCUCCCAAACUUCAACAAAAAUGGCUUUGAAUCUCAAGACUCCAAUCCACCACUCUCCCUCUUCAGCUUCAUCUCCUCAAUAUGUCCAUGGGUUUUCCUCAAAACCCUCUUCAAUCUCCUUCCCACACUCUCCUUCUCUCCCAGGCUUUGCAAUUGGAACCCAAGUAGCUUUUGAGAGGAACGACCGUUUCUCGGUUGUUGAAACGGCAGCCGUGACACAAUUGACUGGAUCGUUGACUAGAAGUGAGGGACUCCGCUUUGCUGUGGUUGUAGCGCGGUUUAAUGAGAUUGUGACAAAACCAUUGUUGGAGGGAGCUUUGGAGACUUUCAGAAAAUAUUCAGUUAAAGAAGAAGAUAUUGAUGUUGUAUGGGUUCCCGGUAGUUUUGAAAUCGGUAUUGUUGCAGAAAGGCUGGGGAAGUCUCGAAAAUAUCAUGCAGUAUUAUGAAUUGGAGCUGUGAUAAGAGGUGAUACUUCCCAUUAUGAUGCUGUGGCUAAUUCUGCCGCAUCAGGAGUACUUUCUGCCGGCCUGAAUUCAGGUGUUCCAUGCAUUUUUGGUGUCCUGACUUGUGAAGACAUGGAGCAGGCUUUAAACCGUGCUGGUGGUAAAUCUGGGAAUAAGGGUGCAGAGACUGCUUUGACUGCUAUUGAAAUGGCAUCUUUGUUUGAGCACCAUCUGAAUUAAGGACUAUGCAAAGAAGAGUUUGGAUGCAAUCCGUUUUCCCCAUUUUUUCCUUUCCCCGAACAUGGCCUGUUUUUGUUGUAGAUUUCGUGUCCAAAGUCUGAAAUUUCUAUAGAGCUCUUUUAGAAUUGCAUAAGGGUAGCCAUAGCCUUUCCAAAUUAGAUGAACUAUUUCUUAAUUGCUUUGUUACCCAAAUAUUUGUUCCUGUGCUGCACUGGAAUGAAAGAGGAUGUAUUUGAUGUUAUUAA